UGCAUCACGUAUGGGUCACUAAGUUGACCCCACCCACGACUCAUCCCGACUCCGGGCCAAAUAAAAAAUCACACGUCAGCAAACUCUUCGCAUCCCACCAACGCUCUCUGUCUCACUACACCAACACCUCUCGCCAAAAUGUCCCAAUCCAACCGCCCCAAAACAACCAUCCACGUAACCAACAUCACAAAGGACAAAGCAGCCCUCAAAUCCCUCUUCCAAAACAUGGACGGGUUCCGCCGUAUAUCAUUCCACCAGGAUUACUGCUUUGUCUGCUUUGAUAACCUCCACUACGCGACCGACGCGAUCGAUCAUGUCCAUGGACGGACGGACAUGCUGGCGGCUUACGCGAAACAUGGCGUGGCAUGUGCGAAUACUCCGACGAUUGCGGUGAUGCCCAACCCGAUUCUUUAUGUUAGCUUGUUUUCGUAUUUCACGGAGGUCGAGCUGACGAGGAUCUUCAAGUCUUAUGAGGGGUUUGAUAGCUGCCGAUUUUUCCCGAAUCAUGCACUUGUCCGGUUCAAAGAUGUAGGAUCAGCAAAGCAUGCCCUCGAAGACUUAAAUUCGACAACAAACCUGUUUGCAAACUACUCCACAAAAGGCGCAAAGCAGACAGGAGGUAAAUCAUCGCGGCGAGGUACUGGAUCCGCAGCAGCAGCAGGAGGCAGCGGACAAGGCAACGGAGGAGGUGGUCCCGGCUCCCAUUCCGGUUCCAAUGGGGACGACGACAGACAGGCGAUCGACGCAAAUAACUCUUCCGAGAACAUUGGUUUUGCGCAAGCCAACAACCCGAAACGGACGAUCCACGUCACCAACAUCGAAAAGGACAAAGCGUCGGUUCUGCAGCUUUUUUCGAAGUACGAGGGGUUCCGCCGCGUCGCUUUCUAUGCAGAUUAUUGCUUCGUGUGUUUCACUGAUACCCGCGCCGCCGCUAAAGCCAUCGAGGAGAUCCUGUUCAAAACUAAGAUGAAGGCAAAUUUUGCUAAAGGUGAAUUUCCAUUCUCUCCCGUUCUCAAUCUGCUUCCCUUCCAUAGUUAUACGGGCUGACCCCAACCUUGCGUCUUUUGUUUUCCCACAAAGCUGAUUUCAUCCCGCACCUCAUACCCCCCUCCGCCAUCGGUCAACCCAACCACAUCAUCCGCGUCUCGGACUACCCCUCCAGCACCAGCGACCACGAGCUCGUCCGCUUCUUUGAGCAGUACGACGGCUUCACUGACAUACAGUUCUACCAUGCCUCCUGUCUCGUAUACUAUAAAGACCAGGCGGGCGCACGCCGUGCGUUGGAGGCGAUCAACGGUACGACUAAUUUCACGGCGAUAUAUUCGAAGAAGGGCGUUCAGGCCCGAGGGAAGACUGCGGGGGCUAAUG